AUGAAAAGCCGGGAAAAGCUGUACGAAAACCAUAUUAACAUGUACCCGCCCGGGUUUUCGGGAAAAUUUGAGUCGGAGCAGCCCAAAUUGGCGCCGUAUCCGGUAGAAGACACACGGGAAGUUAUCAACCCAGUACCGCUCAAAUCGCGAGAAGGUGGGUCAUCAUCGAGUUCUACGCCGAGCCAGACGUCGUUUAAAGUCACAUCGCCAAAUUCGGCCCGGUACGGGCUCGCCUUCGCCUAUGCAGGACCCAAAUCUACAGAUUCGUUGAAUGCACGGCCUGCAGCGCAGUUCAGCUCGCUCAACAGCUCUGUUGACACUUUCGAGAGCGCUAGCGACGUGCAAAUACCGCCACCGCCUUACGAAGAUGAUCAGACGCAGCGUUUUCUGGAACAGAAGGUGUACCGUCGACCAGAGGAUCUUAUCGCGACAACGACGACGACAACGAGUACGACAAGUUCAACAACUUCAACAGGUUCAACACGUCCUUCACCGAAAAAGCCUGCUGAACCGGAUCUUUCUACUUACAGUAAAGAAGCACUCGAGUUUCGAAGCGCUUACGAGACCGCUAUUGGCGAUGGCACCAAUUUUACCGCGACGACACAAUUAAAGUGGUGCGAGACGUUACUGACGUACGCGUUCAAGCCUGAAUUCAUAUCCAACUACAAUAUAAACGCGGCAAAGCUUAAACGCGAACUGACUGCCGCUGAGGUGCAGAAAAAUCGGAAAAUUAUCUUAGAACACGCGCUCAAAGUGCUUACUAAACUCAUCUCACUCGAACAUCCGCCCGCGUUGUAUCUAAUGGGCACACUCUAUUCUCAUCAGCCGUAUCUGGACAUGGACGUGAAAUCCAUUUUGGGUCGUAAUGACGCUAAAGCUUUGGAUUAUUAUGUGCGUGCGGCCAAAUUGCGGCACGCAGAGGCUUGUUAUCGCGCUGGCGCGAGCUACGAGUACCAGCGCGGAACCGCACCGGAAUUGUCGCGAGAAGAGUGCGUCAAGCAUGCCGUUGACUUCUACGAGAUGGGUGCAAAGGUUAGCGACGACGGGAAAUGCAUGUACAAGCUUGGCAUGCUUGCGCUGGCCGCGAUCAACCCUCACAACGCAAGAGAGCAAAAAGUGAUAGAUGCCAUUCGCUGGUUCAACGAGGCAAGCUCUAAAGUGUUAGGGGCAAAGGCUUCGCCGCAAGCGUUGUACGAGCUGGCGAAAAUAUAUGAGUUCGAGGGACUCCCGGCACCUGUACAGGCGUCGCUUGCCGCUGCCGGUUUUUCGCGCGACGCGACCAAAGCACUCGCUUGUUACCACCGGUGUGCCACCGCUCUUGAGUAUCCGCUUGCACAGUGGAAGCUCGGCUUCUGCUACGAAUUUGGCGAGCUCAACUUGCCAGUUGUAGCGAACAAGUCCAUCGCAUGGUACGCAAAGGCCGCGAUGGCAAGUCCGCGUGGAAAUCCGAUUGCGAUGAUGGCCCUGAGUGGGUGGUACCUGACUGGGGCCACGGGCGUACUUCAGCCCAACAACCAAGAAGCCUUUAAAUGGGCAUCUAAAGCGUGUACCGCGUCUGACGGGAAACUGGCGCGCGCAGAAUACGCCCUUGGGUUUUACCUGGAAAACGCAAUAGGCUGUGAGCGAGAUAUGGAGGCUGCUCGCGUCCAUUACCACCGGGCUGCCCAAAGUGGCCACCGAAAAGCACAAGAACGACUCAACAAGGGUGAUCUGUAA